ACAUUAUCCACAAUCCAAUUUAUUCUCAGAAGCAAUAUAAUUCAAUUUUAAAAUCCUAAAUUAUCUCAAUCACAGCAAAUUAAGAAGAGAAGAAUGGAUAUCAGGUUAAUGGGAUUAGAUAAUCCACUCUUUCACACUCUCCACCACAUGAUGGACCUUGCUGCAGAUGAUUCAGACAAGUCGAAUAAUGUCCCAUCAAGGAACUACGUGCGAGAUGCUAAGGCCAUGGCCGCGACACCAGCGGACAUUAAGGAGUACCAAAACUCGUACAUUUUUAUAAUAGACAUGCCAGGUCUGAAGUCAAGCGACAUCAAAGUACAAUUAGAGGAAGACAAUGUGUUGAUUAUUAGCGGCGAGAGAAAAAGAGAAGAGGAAAAAUCAGAAGGAGCAAAAUAUGUGAGAAUGGAAAGAAGAUUUGGGAAAUUUAUGAGGAAAUUUGUGUUGCCUGAAAAUGCAAAUACAAAUGCAAUUUCUGCUGUUUGUCAAGAUGGGGUAUUGACUGUGACUGUGGAGAAAUUGCCUCCACCUGAACCAAAGAAGCCAAAGACAAUUGAAGUUAAAAUUGCUUAAAAGUAUGAGAUGGAAAUGGAUUUUAGUGAGUGAUGUCGUUUUGGGGGAUUGAUUUUGUUUGUUUUCUGUUUUGUUUGGUUUUUACAGAUGGAGAUUGUUGUCUUUAACCCUCUGUUUGGAUGGGUGUUUCCCGUGGUUCAUUAAUGUACAGUAUGGUAUGGUACAAUAUGGUGUUGUAUUGUAUUGUACUGUAUUAAUGAAUACAAUGUUUGGAUAGACUGUAUCGUUUGUUGUGGUUUAAUAACACUUGUAUUGUUGGUUUGAUUGUA